AUGAGUUUAACUGGUGGGCCAAAAAUCGUUAUAGGAUACUACGAAAUCCCGCUGGCGGAGAAACUAUCAUGGCCCCCGCCGAAUACCAUCAAUCCACCUCGAAGAGGUCAUUACCUCCUCCCCAUCCUCGGUAUCCUCCUUACAUUAUCGACAGCGGCAACAAUUCUCAGAAUAUACACCAGAUUAUUUGUUGUUCGAACAUUUGGACACGAUGAUAUUCUGAUAUUACCGGCGUAUUUGGCGGCGUUAUCUAUUGUUAUCUCUGAAGUCAAAAGUUUGGAGGCGGGGUGGGGAUUACAUGUUUGGGACUUCUUAUUAGAAAAGACUAGGCUGCUGGUGAUCAGUGGAUAUUCGGUACAGGUGUCGGUGGGAGUAUGCUGUUGGCUUACGAAGAUGUCGAUUCUGCUGUCAUACCUUCGAUUCGCGCAAGGGAAGUUACGACUAUGGGUUAAAAUAUCACUCGUAUUUGUGACUUGCUGGAGUAUUGCAUUAUUGAUUCCAAUAAUUUUAUCCUGCUACCCACCGCAUCUUUAUUGGGAUUACUAUAUUCGAACACCGGAUAUGAAGUGUUUUUCGCCGUUCCAGAUCCGGAUACUGCAAUAUACAUCCUGCUCGUUGAAUAUUUUGUCGGAUGUAAUUAUAUUGAUUCUACCGAUUCCGACAGUUUGGAAACUCAAGAUGCCACCCCGUCAGAAGUGGACUUGUGCGUUGAUUUUUAUGCUCUGGACUAUUGCGACUAUUGCUGCUAUUUUGAGGUUGGAGAAGACGGUGUCGUCUUUUGAAGUUUUCGAUGCGAGUUGGUACGGUUACGAUCUAUGGGUCUAUGUGGCUCUAGAAGGCAAUCUCGCAGUCGUCUGCGCUUGUGCGCCAGGAAUCAAGCCGCUGAUAGUUUUGAUUUGGCCCAAAUUCGACAAAUUACACCCAAGCUACGACGGGGUUCCACCGCCAGUAGCUCCAAUACGGAAACCUCGCGGAGUCGUGGAACUGAUCAGAACGGCGGCGGGUGUUCGUGCCAGUAAGAUGUUCUCGAACGAAACAUGGGGUGGUUCGACGAAGCAGGGUACCGUUACUAGUACCAUGCGAGACGAAGAACAAGGUUUAGGACCCGGUGGGAAACCCGUGGAAUUGAAAAUUCAAGUUCCUGCGGUUACGCAGCAGGUGAAUUCGAGUCAAACGGAACUGAGAGCACCAGAAGCGGCUGCUUCUCCGCCAAUGAUCAGUACGACGCUGAGAAGUCCGGGUGCGCGGUCAUCUAGAACAUCCGGACAGUUUUCAGUGGAUCUGCCGUUUCAACAGUUUUCGCCGAUGGAAUCUGGAGAAAAUCUGCCGAUACAAAACUUUACACCGGUAACGGGACCCGGUGAGAUGUCACCAGCUGAUACUUUUGGUCAGCCUACACUUGCUAUUACUCAGGUUUCGAGGAACUCCGAUGUUACCAUCCAGGUUCCUCCUGAGGCUCGGCGCCAGCAUUGA